AGGCGAUCGAAAACAUGCGCCGCCUGCCGGCAAGAUUUGCUUUUUCUCGCGAGGGGAGACGUGCGACAUUUACUUGAAUCUAUGGUAAAGGACCCCCAUUUUUCUACUGUUCCGAGAAGAAUGAUACCAGGCCACUGACGAGAGAAAAAGGCUUCUCCUGACAAGCUUUAAAAACCAUGGACUUUCUGAAAUGUGGUUCAUGCGGCACCAUUUUCCACGAGCUUGACACCUUUAUCACACAUAAACAGGAAGGAUGCACUGGCAAGCCUGAAGAUGCGGAGACCACAGAGAAAAAAGCCAAUGCAGAGACGUCUGAGAAGGUGACACCAAAGGAGGAGCAAGCAACUACGGCCAAGAAGCCUGUCAAAGAUGAAGAGGCAUCCGAAGACAAAAAAGCUUCUGUUGCUCCCUCAGCCUCCAAAAACAAUGGUCUUCAGAAGGCAGGUCGGCGUGGCUUCCCUGGCUAUCUGCAUCAGCGUUUGCGGCAACAGAAGAAGCUUCAGAUGCAACGCGCCUGCAAGGUAGCGGCCGCCGAGCGGCAGCAACAGGCCUCCAAGGCCCAGCAGGCACGUUCGCACGGUCCUGGAACAUCUGUUGCCUGUGGCCGCUGUGAAGGCUGCAGAAGAACCGAGGACUGUGCUCAGUGUGCCAACUGCACGGAGAAAAAGACAGGUCUUCGUGGACCAAGAAAAAAGUGCCUGCUGAGGCGCUGCGAGAAAAGCACAGCACAGAAAAAGAAAGUGUACAUAGUGGAGAAGAUACUAAAGAAGAGGGUGAAUGCCGCUGGAAAAGUUGAAUAUCUCCUCAAAUGGAAGGGAUACCCAGACUCAGAAAACUGCUGGGAGCCAGAAGAGAACAUUAUCAGCAAGCGGCUCAUCCAGUUAUUUGAAAAAGAGCAACAAGAGGCUGCCCGCACUGAGAACAAAACGGAUGCCAAAGAUGAACUCAGCAGCUCCUCAAGCAAAGAGGUCAAGGAUGAGGAUGACAGUACAAGUGAAGACGCCGAAGCAGCCACUCAUAAGCGCAUAUUCUCGGCUCUGGGCCUCCACCGACAAGGAGAGGAGCUCGCCACGCCCACAACCGAACCAGGUCGCAGAGGCCGCACUAGUAAGUCAGCCGCAAAAGACUUUAUUAAGACGGUGUGCAGCAAAAGGCCGCGGAGCCCAGAGUCACUCGCAUCUCCAACGCGAAUGUCCAACGCAUCAACAGGCACUCCGCUGUCCAAACGACCCACAACCGUAAUGAGUCCCAACGCUCGGGAAACGGCUGCUGGGGACACAGCAGUAUCUGGCGAAGCAAAAGCGGAAGACACCGAGUCCAUAGCAAUCAUCUACAUCCCAAAGCCGGACGAUCCCGGCAAGUACAUUACUGUGAAAGGCGAUCAUCGGCAAGUGAGUGGCUUGGACAGGGUGGACCUGAAUCCUGUGGUUGUUUUAGGUCCCAAGCAUCCGGAGAUCAAAAGUGUACCUGGGCCAUCGAGUGGUGCUACAGGGACGGAAACAAAGGAGCCAGCCUCGUCAACGCCCAAGUCGCAGGAAGAGCCACGAACAAUCAAUGUGGAAGUGGUUCAGCUGGGCUCCCUCGAAGAGGAGGAGGAGGAAGAAGAGGAUGGCUCGUUCACUUCACCGUACCGCAAGCCAUCAGUGGUGGCCCGAGCACGCAUGAAAGCUGUCGGAAUGUUCUCUUCGCCGUCACGUCAGAUGGCUUACCACCGGGGCCCUGGCAGGCCACGCAAGACGACUCUGCCUGUGCCUACGCCAUCUCGCAGAGGUCGCAAGAGGAAACGACCGGCUAGGGAUGACUUCUACUACGGUGAUGAUGAUACAGAGUUUGUUCCUUCCCUGUCCCGUUCGACCAAGUGCAAGACUGUAGUGGAGGUUGUGGGUGAAGAUGUAGAUCCCUCCGCGUCUAUAGUGCCAGAGGUCCCCAAGAAGAAAGUGGGCCGGCCACGCAAAUACCCACCACAUCCCAUGCACCACCUGUCACCACAGCAACGCAAGAUGCUGGCGGCGCGGCGUGGCCGCAAGAAGCUGACACAGCCGCGUACUCGACGGAACCGCGUGUUUGUGGUGAUGGCUGAUGGCACUAUGGUGGAAGUGUGCGGCACAGACCGACAACGGGCGGUUGAGCGGGCAACCGAGAAGGUGCGUGCCAUGCGGGAGGGCGGCGCCGACACACUCGCUGCGGAUGAAACGGACCUUGCUGAGGAUGAGGACAGCAUGCCAGCAGCACCGGCUGCAGGCAUCGCAACAGCAGCAGCCACUGCGAAAGAACCUGCUCCGGACGGUGCUACCGGCAGCACUGGUACAGUGGGGCCAAGCGUAACAAGUCCUACCGGAGCAGGCACCCCACAAGGUGUGAUAGGCAAUCGGAGGAGGAGCAGCACCCAGAUGAGCCUGGAGGAGUGCACCAAUGACGCCGUGGACGACACGCACACUCUCAAGCUGCCCAACACAGUGCAGCUGGUAGAAAGCGAACUCCCAUUGGCCGAGGCUGAAAACGCGGACUCCCUCAUCGGCAUGUUCCUCUUCCGACAGGUGUUCUCCCCUAAUGACACCAGCCUGCAAUGCCUGUUCUGCCAGUCCAAGUAUGUGUUCCGUUUCCCCGUUGACCUGGAGAAGCACUACCACGUGAUCCAUGAAAUAGCCGUGCACAGUGCCAAGGCAGAGUUCAGCGAGGCUGUGGUGUUUGUGUGUGUGCCCCCAGAUGUCACUGAGGACACCACACUGAACUCCACGUGUCGGUUCUGCGACCUCACCCUGCGCACCCUCUCGGAGGUACGCGACCACUACCCGGAGGUGCACUCCAAGACUGUACGGCUUGUGGCCGAGUCAGCAGUGACAGAGCUGGCAAACCAGUUCUACUGCAGCGUAUGCUCGUGGGCCUCACCAAGCUUUGAGCAGCACCACAGUCACAUGAAGGCAGCGCACCGGAUGCAGACUUACACUUGCCGCUAUUGCGGAUACUGCACACCGAGGCCAGGCCGGCUGCGUUUCCAUGUCAAGCAGCGCCAUCUGCAAGACCAGCCGGGUCCACACCUGCAGUGCUCGGUGUGCUCUGUCUACGUGCACGGCCGAGAACGACUGCACAAACACAUCCUGCUCUCGCACGCCGUCCAGACAGGCCCACAGACGUGGUCGUGUGCCAAGUGCCUACAGCCCUGUGGUAACUCAAAGGACCUCAUGGGCCACAUCAGCCGGUGCCCGCUGCUGCGGGGUGAGAAGGGAAAAGGCCGUGGGAGCCUGGGCUCCAGCCUGGGUGGAUCCUCUGGGGGACCAAAGACCAACCUCUUUUACAAGUGCAACAACUGCUCACUCACAUUCACCUCCGAAGAAGAGAUCAAGAAGCACAUGGCAGACGGGGUGCACCUUCCCAAGGGACAGGCGGCUACCAGUGGUCAGUCUGCAGUGCCAGGAGCCUCUGAAGAAGGCAGUUCUAGUGGCGCAGGCGAAGCGGCUCCCCUGGAGUUACCUGGAGGCCUGGAGGCCGGCAGCAGCGAGGACGACGGCCUGGCCGGGUCGUCGAGUACGUGUUUCCUGUGCUGCAUGCGCUUUGCCAGCGCCCAGGCCUGCCAGAUGCACCAGCAUCAUGUACACAUGCGAUGGGUCAAGCGCGGACUGCCGGACUUCUCCAGCGAAGAUGCCCAGAACAACCUGUACAGUAUGCCCAUGGUAGAGAACAACAGCGAGACAGAGCUGACUCAGCAGCGAGCAGUAGAAAGUAUCACGCAGCAGCCUGGCUCCGAGGAGGACACAACAGCACCCACUCAGGAGGCCACCGGGAGCGAAGGCUCCGCCACCCUGUUGGCCGAGGCAUCCAAGAAGAACCCAGAGGAAGGGGCCGCAGACGAUGGGAAAAACACUGCCGCAGGUGGCAGCCUCAGCUCGGCUGACAUCCCUUCAGAUGCCAAACUCCUGGAGUUAGGCUUUCCCACUAAGGUGGGCCACUACUGCCACGUGUGUGAUGCUGUGAUCAAGAGUUAUGCUCUGUACUACCUGCACAUGCACAACCUGCACCGUCUCGAGAAACGCUUCCAGUGCAUUGUGACAGCCUGCAGCCAGACCUUCACGUGCCCCAAUGCAUUCCAGCGCCACUCACUGCGCCACAACCAGAAGUCUGACAGCUUCUGCUCCAUGUGCGACAUGGUCUUCGACGACAACGAGCACCUUCAGGACCAUUUCCUCAGUGCUGAGCACGCCAACAAGUACAUGCGAGUGCAGGAGAAGUACAACCGCUCGGAGCCACGUAACUACCGGUGCCGAGUGUGCCACAGCUGGUUUGGCCUGUUUGCAACUUUUGUGAAACACAUGGAGACCGAAAGUCACCAGUACCAGUGCCAGCAUUGUGGUCUGCUCUUCGUCCAGCCAGGGCCUCGUCGUAACCACAUCCAAAGUGUACACCCAGAGCUUGCCAAUAUCUGCGAGAUAUGCGGCUCCAAGAUGGCCAACUCCCAGGCCCUUUGGAGUCACCUGUCUUUGCACAGCAUCGUGCACGAAUGCCACAAGUGCCACCGCCGCUUUCUCCAAAGGGAGCAGCUCAUGGCUCAUAUGGAAGUUCACGCGCCACCAACACCUUGCCCUUGGCAGGGCUGCAACCGCAAGCUGGCCACAAAAGUGGGGCUCUACAAUCACUUACGUAUGCAUCGUGGCGACACAGACUUCAGGUGCCUGACCUGUGGAAGAGGCUUCUUCAAGAAGAAAGCUUUAGACUCUCACAUGCGACUUCACGAAGAACCCUCUGCGCUGGCCAGGAUGCAACGUUCAGACUUGACUCAAGGUAGCCACAUUCUUACUGAAGUCAGCCCGCAGGAGAGCCAGGAGGAAUCUGCAGGAGAGCUCAUUCAGCUUAUCUGUGCCGGCUGCCUGAACGGCUUCGAGUCUGAGGACUUGUUUGCUGCUCACAUUUGCACAGGCCACCAAGGACAAGGCCAAGAGCAGGCCUUCGUGACUGCUGAUGAUUCUGUGAUCAACAUGGUCACGGGAGAUGGCACGCUGUCAUCAGCGGAUCUUGGUGGAAGCCAGCUGGUGGCCACGACAGAAGACGGUAUCACCACAACUGUGGCAAUAAAUCCACAAGAGGAUUUGGCCACGCAGUUAGCCCGGGCUGUAGCUGAAGCCACAGGCCCAGGCCAGGUGACUGUGUCUAUAAACACGGCCGACGGCAUAGCAACCAUUAGCCAGGACCCACGAGAUCUGGCAGACUUCCAAGGCAUGGAAUCCGUGACCAUGGACUCUGCCGACCUGGAGCUUACGGACCAACAGCACCAGAUGUCCUCAUUGCAGCAAGAGGGAAUGGAAACAAACGAACAGGAAGGGGGCGAUGAGCUCGUCAUACAACAGCUCGGAGAGCCUGCAGAGGACAGGUCACCACAGCAGGAGCCUGAACAGCAAGAGCAUGCAGCUGCAGAAGAGAUGAUGCAUGCCGAAGAACAACCUGAGGAGCAGGCACAAGCGGAGCAAGAACAAGAGGAACACCAGAUGGAAGGCACCAUGCAUCAUCAAGCACCCGAACACCAGGACACUGCCAUGGAGGCCGAGAUGAACGAACAAACAGCACAGCUGCUGAUGGCUGCCAAUCAGGAAGGCCUGGAGCACCUGGCCGUGGAGUCUGAAAACGGCGAAGUGAUCCACUUCGCCAUUGUUCACCAUCCGGAAGAGUCUCAGGAAGGAGUAGCCGUCACCUCAGAGGAGAUGGCCAUGCUGGCUGCUGGCGGAGACGGUGCAGCAUCGUCUCUGGCUCGCAUUAUGACGAUGGACACAUCGUCGUACAUGGUAUCCGGCGACAUGACCACAACGUCGGCACAACUGGGCAGCGAGACGAAAGUGGUAGGUGCUCUUAACACCGAGGCACCUUUGCUGUCCGUGGGCUCUGGUGAUCUGUGCACCUCUCGAGAAACAUACGACGUGGGACAGGGUGAGACCGCUUCGGAGGCCAUGGCCGAAGGCACCGAGGGCCAAGAGCAAGCCAUCACGCCCGAAGGCAUGGCCUAUGCCGAGACCCCUGCCACCGGUGAAGGUGACCAGAUGCCCAUUGUCAUGAUGGUACCAGGGGGUCAAGAAGGCUUGAACAUGGAGGGUGAGGAAGGGUUUGCCAAUGCGGCUGUGCUCAAGGUUCCCACCUCGGAUGGUGGGGAGAGGGUGCUUCUGAUUCCCAUCAGCUCAGAAGGCGGGAACACGGUGUUCGCUUUGCCAGGAGGACUGACACUUGGAGGGGUUGCCGAAGGACAAGAAGGGUCCGAAGCACAGCAGGGCUGUGUGACAGUGGCCCUGGAUCCUGCCUCAGCAGCCAAUGUUGGUGAGGACCAUGGCAUUCUCACAUUACCAAUGGUGACGGACACAAUGACAGGCCAGGUAUCAGUGCAGUUUGCUCCCGAGCCAGGAGAAUAGGUUUCUUUGUGACAGCACAGGCAAAAACGUUGUGUGGGGUGCUUGCAGGAAUGGUGCAUUCUGUUCUCUAUGUGCCGGUCUCACCAUAUUGUUUGCCUUUGUGUUUCCGGUGAGGCCAUGUUAAUAAGCUGUGCUUGCUGUGUGGGUUUGAAGCACACAAAUUGAACAGAUGGUCAAGGGUUUCCAUCAUUUUCUGUAAUUUCGUUGUCUUUUCCUUGUGCCUUGUUGUAUUGCAGUGGUUCCCUUCGGUCUUUUUGCCCCUUCUCUCGCUCUCUUUUGCACAAGCAAAAUGUUGAAAGCCUUUUGGUGUUCUAGGUUUCAAUGUUGAGAACAGAUGUUUUUGUAUUCCAGCAGUAUGUCUCCCGUGAUCAUGCAAAAGGAAGUAAAGACUCCCAAAGACAAGGCUCUUAUGGCUUCCCAAAGUACAACUUGACACAGUCUGCACUUCCAUCAUGUCCAUUUUUAGUUCAUUGUUCAUUCCGAGCUAAAAUUCAAAGCAAGCAAACUGAAUUGUGACUGAUCAUCAUACUUUUCUUUGUAAAAUGUUGUUGGUAUCGGGCAUGGAAUGGAUGCCAAGUAAUAAAGUUACACUUAAGCACAAUCAUCUCAUCAAACUUACAAAAUGGAGUCAUGUUUCAAAAGUCAUGAAGCGCUACUGUAAAUAUACUUGCAUUGUUUCUUUCAACUAUACAAUUGUAGUAUGCCACUGCUGUUGUCCACCGCAGGAUUUUCGCGAAUUGGACUGCACAGUGGUAUCUUGUACAUUUUUUUGCUGUCAAUAAAGCAUGUUCACCACUCUUAA